AAACCAAACAUCCUCCCAACUGGCAGCCAGGUUGCCGGUUGAAAACAAGUGUGACCAGGGUGGAGGGACAGGGAGUGACAGUCUUGGCCAAGCUGAUUUCUUUCUCAAAAAAGUUGGUUCAGGAAUGGGCUUGUGACUCAGUUCUCCAAUGAGGCCGGAGGGAAGUCGACCCUGAGAGCUCUGGGAAAGGUGUUUCUGUCCUAGGAAGACUCAGGAAGAGAGGCCCAAAGAAAGAAAACUUUCUUUGCAUGUCGUAAUGUAGACACCAGGAAUUGCUGUGGUCAUCUGUGAGGGGAAUCAGAAUGAGGGCAAACAGCCAACAUGAAGAUGACAAAUCAAAAAGACAGAAAGACCCUGGGCCUUGACGACCACUCAAAGCGAGGAAAAUAAUCGACCUUGGAGCCUACACGACCUUGUUUGUUAUGUGAGAAAAAGACUUUCCUGAUGGCUCAAGUCUACAUGAGUUGGGGUUUUCUACAUUCCUGAAAAAUCACAAGCUAUAGAUUCUUCACUUAAAGAAUAUUUUUAGUUUAUUUUCCCACUGUUUAUUUAAAAUUUGUAUGUUGUUUUUUAAAUCUAUGAAUUCAAUAUAUGAAAUCAGUCUCAUUGUAAAGAUACAAACAAUACAAACCUGAGAAACUCAACACUGAAUUGUUUACAUAAUAUGGAAAAACCCAGAAACAAUGUAAAUGCCCCACAAAAAGGAAUUGGCUGAAAGCGUGUUCGGGUUGUGGUGGCAAGCUGGCCGCCAACAGCUCCCGGUUGUCCAAACACAGAGAAGCAAGGAAGGUCUCUACCCAGGCCUCCAGUGGGAGUCCUAGGCUUUGCUCUGAUUGGACCAUCUUGAUCACGUGCCUACCCGGUGGCCAGAGGAAUGCUUUGUAUUGAUUGGCUUGGGUCUGCAUUGGGUGCUGGUUCUUAAAACAAACAGCGUGGCAGGAGCCUAAGAUUAUCGUAAUUUGGUUUAGCCAAACCAGGGUCCAUAAUGGAGGUGGACAUGGGGUAAAUCCCAAGAAAUUGGCAAGAAUGUUCUACAAUGGUGUGGGGUAGAAUGGAUGUUGAGAAGCUCAUCCUCACCACAAAAGAAAGACCGGAAGGAUGUACACCGACGGGCCAACAGUGCUUAUCUUCAGGAUUCACAGGACACACCUACAGAGGCUUUGUGAUUUCAUCCAGUUCCCACGUCACCUCUGUGAGCUGUUCUCAGAUGAUCAACAAUCACAGCUAAUAUUUACUAAGUGCCUGUUCUUGAUGUCGAGUGACUGGUGCUCAGUAGACACCAGCUUCCUCCCUUUCUUCCUGCCUGCUUUGAGGAGAAGAACAGAGGAGAUCACCAAAGCUUCCCAGACGGGAGUGACUUUUAAAAUACCAAAGAAAAAUCAGAAGAAUUGGGUUGGAAGCCAGACUUCACCAUUAACCAGCGACACCCUGAGAGGAAGUGUGGGGAGUCCGUCACAACCUUUAGGAGCCAAGUUGCCCUGAAAGAUCAUGAACUUGUCUUCUGAACGCUGCAACAUAUCAGAUUGGCUGAGGCUGGAGGCAACAGUGAAGGCCUCUGUAUACACAGUUGCCUUCUUCUUUGCCACAUUUGUCACUGUCAUCAUCAUCACGAUAGUGUCACAGAAUUCGAAGCUGAAGAAAGAGGUCCGAUACAUCCUCCUGUGCCACCAUCUGCUGUGCAUCUCCUCCUACUGCGGCCUGGGGGUGGUUUUCCAAGGGAUGCGGGCUCUGCUGGCCAACAGUCCUAUGCUGGUGUGCUGGGUGGUAUUUGGAGUCCAGCUAAGUGUUGGAGAAGGGAUCCUCUUCACCCUGGCCUUGAUGGCUGUCAACACGUACCUGGCCAUUUGCUGGCCUUUGAAAUCUCUGUCCUUUGUAGAUUCAGUUAAGUAUAGGAUUCUGGCUGGGUCUUGGGCAAUCAUUAUAUUCAAGAAUGUUUGCUUAUUCCUCAUAGAGGGCACUAACCCCACUCAGGGUGCUGUUUUUAAAUCUGAACCCCUUUGCCCUGUGAUCUUGAAUGGCUCUGCUGCCAGAGCUAUUGGCAUGGUUUUCCUUUUCCUUCUUCUGUCCAUCAUUCUUAUAAGUUACUCUCUGAUCUACCAAGAAGGGAAACGGGCUGGCCAUUUUAAUAGAUCAAAUAUCAAAGCAAGGAAAACAGUCCUUAUUCAUUUAGUGCAGAUGGGUUUACAUGUAAUACCAACCCUGAUAUUCAUAGGCUUGGGAAAGAUGUGUGGGGUGUUUUUCUUUGCUUUAAAUCUGGUGCUUUUUGGAGUCUUUGCAUUUGCCCAGUGUCUUAACCCUCUGAUCUAUGGGCUCUGGAAUAGAGAGCUGCAAAGCAGAUUGCACCGUUGGAUGUGCUGUCAGCGGUGGUGUGGUCACAUGAUGACCAACAGAGAGCCAGUUUAACCUGAAACACAGCCAUUUUGAAUCAAUAACUCUAGCCCUAAUGGAUCAUCAGCUGGGCUUGAGGACUUGCCUUCUACUCAACCUAAAAUUGGUGCUUGGUUUGAUGUUGAAAGCAAUACGAAUAAGUCAGAGUUAUUAAUCUGGCUUGCAAACUUCGCUGCUGUGUACACUGAACUGGCCUCUGUGAGAUCAUUUUAUGUCUUUAAUUCUAAACCCAGAUCAACAUUCUUAGCAGCAUGUCCUACUGUGUUUCAAUAAUGAGGCAGAUUUGAGAAUGCACUUGAGAAUGUUUUUAAAAAUUGACAAACAGUCCAUGGUUGAUAUGAAGAGAAGAAGUUAACUUGGCUUUUCCUCUUAUAUUAAUUAAGCAUAGGAUUGGCUAUAUGUAACAGCAAAACAGAAACAAAAUAACA